UUGGUUUUCAAAGAUGAAAUUCAUACCUUCAGAGAACUCGAGUUGUACGCCGGUGAUAAGACAAGAGUCUACAUCGAUGCCAGGGUCAGACAGUUCCUCGACGAGACGAGCGGAGAAGGAGUGACUCACUGUCGGCGUUCUGUGCUUAAGUCAGCCUCUUCAUCAUGUCGUUCAGUGUUUGUGCAAGCUUCCUCCGUCGUCCUCCAGGCUCCUAAGUCAUGCUCGGCGAUUGUUGAUCUGCUGAUUGUGUUGGACACCUCAACACCUUCACAGAGUUUCUAUCAAGAGAAGCAAUUGGCCAUUGAUUUGCUCAAAGCUCUGCCUGCUAAUGUGUUUGAGAGGCGACUCGCAGUAUCCAUAAUAACAUUUGCGAGCAAUUCGACCGUAUUGCUGCCGCUUGGCCUCCAGCCAAAGGAGGAAAUCGUCUUCGAAUUGGAGCGUGUCGCUCACUCAACCGGUCCAGCCAGUCUUACCGGAGCCGCCGUCUCAACGAUUGCGGAGAUAAAGUCGCACCGCAGGAAAGGCUCUCGUGCUCUCGUCAUCAUCGUGUCAAACGGAAAUGGUGGCGAAGAGAGAUGGAAAAACGUUCUGGUAAAUCUGAAGCCUCUGCAUUUGAAGUACUUCCAAAAUCACCAGUCCCAAAACGAGAUGAAGUGCUGUAUUCAGCAAGUUUCAAGUCUCGAGGUCUUUUUCCAUGUUUGCCAGCAAAGGCGGAUAAUAGUUUACCCCGUACAUUUUGACUACCGAAGAGAAGUAGUCUUCUCUGGUCUUUUCUAG